AUGAGUGAAAACGAAUACGACAACUUCGAUGAUUUGGAUGAUCUUUUGGAUGAAGACCCAACCAAACUAGAUGAAACGGUGGCCGGGAAGUUACAGGCAGACGAAUCUGUAGGUAACAACGUUGGAGACAAAGAGAAAAGUGCAACAAGUGAAAACAGUGAUUGUGUGCAAGUAGGUAAUGGGUCCGAAGAAGAUCCAGAGUUAAAAGAAAUGAUGUCAGAUUUACAAAAUGAGUUUGCAAAUUUGAUGAAACAAAGUGGCAAUGAGAAUAAUAUCAAGACAGGAGACUUUAAUAAAUUGGUAAGUGCCUUAGAGGAGGCAACGAAGAUUCCCCGGGAAGGCUCUGAUUUAGGACCUACUGGUCUGAAAGACAGUAAUGAUAAAGGGACUCUCAAUGGGAAUAGUCCAGGAUUCAAAAACAUCGUCUCUAAUACACUGGAUAGGCUAAAGGAAAAUGGUAAUAAAGUGGAUACGUCACUAGCGGAAGAGACUAAAGAAUCUCAACGCAGUGGCAAAAAUAAUAAUAUAGAUGACGUUUUGUCACAGUUGUUAGAUCAAAUGGUUGCAUCCGGAGGAAACGAAAAUAGAGAUGAUCAAUUUGACCCUAAAGAUGGGGAAAUGGAUGAUGCAAUAAUGAAGAUACUUGACCAAAUGACGUCAAAAGAAGUUUUAUAUGAACCCAUGAAAGAGAUGCGUAGCGAGUUUGAGACCUGGUUCCAAGAAAAGGGCGAAAAUGAAGAGCAUGAGGAGAAGAUAGGUGUCUACAAAAGGCAGUUCGAUUUAGUGAAGCAAAUUGUAGACACCUAUGAACUGAAAGAUUAUGAUGAAUUCAAGCAUAAAGAUCGUGUUACUAAAUAUCUAGACGAACUAGAACAACUUGGCGACAGCCCUAUUAGAAGUGCGAACAGUCUAUUAAAGAAUGGGAAUGAAGAAGAUGACCUGAUGAAAAUGUUAGAAGUCGAUGGUAAUGAUCCUAAUCUAGGGAACCUCGAUAAGGAAUUAGCUGACGGUUGCAAGCAACAAUAA